CCCUGGGUGCAGAGCAGAGCCCCUGCCCAGGCCGUGGGACAAGAAAAGCGCUCGCCCUAACGCUACCUGUUCCAGGCAGCUGGUUCUCUACAGGAAGAUCUAUUCUCCCACCAUCAGGACCGCCAAUGGCUAACGAGGCUCAGCCCUGUCCAUGUGACAUUGGCCACAGGCUGGAGUAUGGGGGCCUGGGCCGUGAAGUCCAGGUGGGCCACAUCCAGGCCUAUGUCACCAGGUCCCCUGUCGACGCAGGCAAGGCUGUGGUUAUCAUUCAAGAUAUAUUUGGCUGGAAGCUGCCCAACACCAGGUAUAUGGCUGACAUGAUCGCAGGAAAUGGAUACACGACCCUCGUUCCGGACUUCUUCGUGGGUCAGGAGCCCUGGAGCCCCUCUGGCGACUGGUCCACGUUCCCCGAGUGGCUGAAAACGAGAAAUGCCAGGCAUGUCAACAGAGAGUUUGAUGCUGCCCUGAAGUUCCUGAAAGACCAGUGUCAUGCCCAGAAGAUUGGCGUGGUGGGGUUCUGCUGGGGCGGAGUCGCUGUGCACCACGUCAUGGCCACAUACCCCGAAGUCAGGGCUGGGGUGUCACUCUAUGGAAUUGUCAGAGAUUCUGAAGAUGUUUACAACUUAAAGAACCCCACGCUGUUCAUCUUUGCAGAAAAUGACGCUGUGAUUCCACUAGAGCAAGUCUCUUUGCUGACCCAGAAGUUGAAAGAACACUGCAAAGUUGAAUAUCAGAUUAAAACAUUUUCUGGGCAAACUCAUGGCUUCGUGCAUCGGAAGAAAGAAGAUUGCUUACCUGCUGACAAACCCUACAUUGAUGAGGCCCGAAGGAAUUUAAUUGAGUGGCUGAACAAGUAUGUUUAGCAGUGACUGGUGAUCAAGCACAAGCUUGUGCAAAGGAGGUGUAUUAAAAAGUUUGCCAUACAGUCA